AUGCGCUUCUGCUACUUCGCUCUCGCCGCGGCCGCCACUCUCGUUGCCUGCACCAACGCGGUCUCCGCUGAGACCCAGCUUUCGCAGACGAUCCCGGAGCUCGUGGCUCGCACUCUUGCCGAUGCCCCGAUCAACGAUGCCGUGAAGCGGUCUCUGCGUCGCCACGCGACGCUCGACGAGGAGGAGCGUGGUGGGGGAGGAUACAACACCAAGAUGCUGGUUGACCUUGCGAAGAGCAAGAACAAUAAGCUCCCUGGAAUCAUUGCGAAGCUGUCGAAAUCAGGCCAGAAGACGGUCAUUAACACGUGGAGGAAGCAGAGUAAGAAUUUGGAAAGUGUCUAUAAGAUGCUGGGAAUGAAGAGUAUUGCCGACGUGAAGCACCCCAACUACCCGGUCUUCCAGCGAUUCGAGAAGCUUGCCAAGAAGCAGACGAACAUCGCUUAG